AUGCAUCGUCUUUUUGCUGAGCUGGAGCCAUCUUUAAUCGUCACAGAGCAAAACCUGGCAGACCGAGUUCGGUAUAUCUUGCGCUCAAAUAUAUUUGAUGUCGCCGAACUCGAACGGCUACGACGUGAGGCUGUUCCCUCGUCGGAUGAGAAUGCUACGGCUGAGGAUGCGGCGCCACAAAUGGUAGAGCAACCCGCAAACGUGGAUGCCGCCGUGAAUACCCCAGUUGUGGUUGAUUCAAACGAUGAUGGAACAGUCGCCCAGGAACUGGAAUUAGAGCAUAUGAGGAGUACAUUGGAAGAGGCGAUUGUGGAAACGCGCAGUACGCCUCUCGAAAAUCGACCGCGACUUCCCCGCAUAGCCCUAAGCAAGCGGAAUCGGGCUGUCGUGAGGGCUCUGAACCCAAUGCUGGUGACCUAUUUGGAAGCCAGCCGGGACCUUUGCGAGACGGACUCAAUUCUUUUUGGCGCCGCGCUGGCAGUCUGCCGUAUCAUAGGCGCCAAGGUUUCCACGGCUGGACGCGCUACUGGCCAUAGUAGCGCUAUCCCAGCAUGGAGAAGAAGAAUUGAGGAACGUAUCGCAAAGGCUAGAGCUCUCAUCGGCAGACUGAUAUGCUUCAGAUCAGGCAACAACAGGCCAAGAAUUGUGCGCACCGUCAGGAUGGCGUUUGCUGGGACAAAUGUCAGUUUGUCCCAGCCGGAUAUAACGCAAAAACUGACGGAGCGCAUAGAUGAUCUGAAGCAGAGAAUCGCUGCUUGGGGAAAACGGAUUCGGCGAUAUACCGAGAGGUCGACACGGUUCAACCAGAAUCGUCUCUUCCAGAGUGAUCAGAAGAGGCUCUAUGAAUCAUUGGAGCGACCAAUGGUAAGUGGAACGGGUCCAGCACCGAAUCAGGCCGACACUGUAGCAUUCUGGCGCGGCCUGUGGUCAGAGCCCGUAAACCACAGCGAGGGCCUUUGGACGGAAGUUGUGGCGAGUCAGUGUGCGGGUAUUACGCCCAUGGACCCCGUCAUCAUAACGCCGGAUGACGUAGCUGAGGCGGUCCGUAGGGCCCCGAACUGGAAAAGUCCGGGGCUUGACGGGCUGCAUCACUACUGGCUGAAGGGGUUCAUGAGUGAUCAGAAUAGGCACUACAAAUCAUUGGAGCGACCAAUAGUAAGUGGAAGGGGUCCAGCACCAAAUCAGGCCAACACUGUCGCAUUCUGGCGCAGCCUGUGGUCAGAGCCCGUAAACCACAACAAGAGCCCUUGGAAGGAAGUUGUGGCGAGUCAGUGUGCGGGUAUUACGCCCGUCCCCGUUACAAUAACGCCGGAUGACGUAGCUGAGGCGGUCCGCAGGGCUCCAAACUGGAAAAGACCGGGGCUUGACGGGCUGCAUCACUACUUGCUGAAGGAAUUCAUGGUGUUUCACGCUGUGCUCGCCCGACAGUUCCAAGAGGCUCUCAACCAGAGACGUGAGGCUGUUCCUUCAUCGGGUGAAAAUGCUGCGGCUGAGGAUGCGGCGCCACAACUUGCUGAACAAACGGCAAACGUGGAUACCGCCGUGAAUACCCCAGUUGUGGUUGAUUCAAACGAUGAUGUAACAGUUGCCCAGGAACUGGAACUAGAGCAAAUGAUGAGUACAUUGGAAGAGGCGAUUGUGGAAACGCGCAGUACCCCUCUCGAAAAUCGACCGCGACUUCCCCGCAUAGCCCUAAGCAAGCGGAAUCGGGCUGUCGUGAGGGCUCUGAACCCAAUACUGGUGACUAAUUUGGAAGCCAGUUGGGCCUUUGCGAGACGGACUCAAUUCUGUUUAGCGCCGCACUGGCAGUCUGCCGUAUUAUAG